AUGGUCAAGAAGUCAGCAGGAAAGGCACCAGCAAGCAAGACAGCAACCAAGGCAGCCACCAAGCCUACCAAGAAGGCAGCCAAGUCCGCACCUAUCGCCAAACCAUCAAUAACCGCGAAAGAGGAUAGCAGCGAUAGCAGUGCCGCCGAGGACGACGACCAAGAGGAGGAGGAGGAGGAUAGCGAUGCUGAGGAUCUGGAGGACAGGGAUGCAGGAUCUGGUCGUACCAUGGAAGAGAAGCUCCAGGACAUGAACUCAAAGUCAAAAUCAUCAACAUCUACGACAUCACAAUCUACCACAUCAUCUACAGCAGCAGCAGCACCAGUAUCUUCAAGGACAACAACAACAACAGAACCAACAACAUCUACCACACCCUCAAACAAGUACACGACACCUAAAGCCAACGACUUGCAACAAACCUUCCUCCAGGCCUUGCACACCUCCGACGCCGACCUCCUCGACGCCUGCCUCCACUUUUCCCAGCCCGUCACAGUCCUCCGGAAUACCAUCCGCAGAGUCGCCACCACCUCUGUCCUCCCUCUCCUCACAACCCUCCUCAACCGGUACCAACAAAAACCCAACCAAAACAUUCAUCUCCUCGAAUGGAUCAAGUCUAUCCUCUUGAUUCACUCGAGCUCCUUGAUGACAAACCAGGACCUCGUCAUGAGACUUUCCGGCUUUUAUGACGCUAUUGAGGCUAGGGUGCCCGUUUAUCAGAAGGUGAUGAACUUGAACGGAAGACUGGAUCUGAUCAUGAACCAGAUCGAGAUGAGGAAGCAGUAUGAGCAGAGUGGAGCUGAGGAGGAGGUUGUUUAUGUAGAGGAUGAGGAACAGGUCGAGGAGGAGGAUCUGGAUCACGCUGGAGCUAUGGAUGAUGACGAUGAUGAUGAUGAUCUCGUUGGAGAGACCGAUGCCUUUGAUGAUGAGGAGAACGGAGAUACUGACGAGGAGGAGCUCGAGUCCGAUAUGUCAGAAGAUGAGGACGAUGUUUCUGACGACGACGAGUAA